AUGGAGCACUCACACGGCGCCGCCCGGGCCGACUCGGACAAGCUCGCACACGACCUCACCGAGCGCUUUCGCCAGGUGCUCAGCUCCAAGCGAAUGAACGACCUCAGCACAACGCGCUCGGCCUCGCCAUCGCCACGAGACUUUGGCACCCCGCAGCCGCCGCCCGUCCACGCCGCCCCGCCCUCGUACGUCAAGAACAUCCCACUGCACCCCGAACCGCCCGUCGACGCCCGCUCCAUGCGCUUCAAGAACAUGCUGCACUCGCUGUCCAGCAUGCCCCUGCGGUGGGAAAACCCCGGCCUGCUCGACGAAGCCCUGCGAGUCGUCCCGUUGCAGCAGAUCUACGGCGAGGCUGAGGAGGAGAGCCAGAUUCUGCAGGCAGAGGCCGAAAGCCUGGGAUCGGGGAAGAAGGCCGCCUGGGGCUACCAGGACUGUGUCGUUCGAGCCCUCCUGCGAUGGUUCAAGCGCUCCUUCUUCUCGUGGGUCAACAACCCCCCAUGCUCGCGCUGCUACUCGCCCACUGUCGCUGUUGGCAUCACUGCCCCACUACCCGACGAACAAGCACGCGGCGCCAACCAGGUCGAGGCCUACAAGUGCUCGCACCAAGCCUGCCAAAACUACGAGCGAUUCCCUCGAUACAACGACGCAUUCGUUCUUCUGCAGACUCGAAAGGGCCGAUGCGGCGAAUGGGCAAACUGCUUCAGCAUGCUCUGCCGUGCUAUUGGGUCAAGAGUACGCUGGGUCUGGAAUGCCGAGGACCACGUCUGGACUGAGGUCUACUCCGCACACCGAAAACGUUGGGUCCACGUAGACGCCUGCGAAGAGGCCUGGGACAAGCCCCGGUUAUACACUGAUGGCUGGGGCAAGAAGCUCUCCUAUUGCAUUGCUUUCUCUGCUGACGGUGCCAUGGACGUCACUCGACGAUACGUCCGCGACUCCAAGCACGCUGCCGAGCGCAAUCGUGUUCCAGAAUCCGUCCUGCUCCACAUCAUGGACGAGAUCCGCAGCACACGACGAAACAACAUGCCAAAACAAGACAAAUACCGCCUGAAUGGAGAGGACAUGCGGGAACUCAAGGAACUGAGUAGCUACCUCAUCUCAUCUAUUGCAUACAACGUCAGCAAGCUCAAACCUGAAGACAUUGUCAAUGGACAAAUCACCCAACGCCAACCCGACCCAGACACCCUGAAGGCACUGGAAGGCCGUACUAGUGGUAACGCUCAAUGGAUACGAUCACGAGGUGAGGGUGCACGAGGCCAGCCCAACCAAGAUCCUCGAAACCAACACCCACAUUGA